AUAGUGAUAUAUGUGUCAAGAUGGCUUUUGCAGCUUCGUUAAGUGCAGAGACCCUGCAGAAGUUCCGCAACAGCUUCUAUGCUGACACCAAAAAUAUUCUAGCUCAAAAUGUGUGUACACGUGUAGAUCCCCUUGAUGUCUGUAUGUCACGAAAACAUCUAGAAGAAACGCAACAUGUUUUUACUCAUAAGAUUGAAACAGAAGCAAAGCCUAUAACAAAUCAAAAAAAUUCAGGCCGUUGCUGGAUAUUUGCGACCCUUAAUGUUAUACGCAUACCAUUUAUAAAGGAAUAUGACCUAGAAGAAUUUGAAUUUAGUCAAGCAUAUUUGUUCUUUUGGGAUAAGAUUGAACGUUGCAACUAUUUCCUUACGAAUAUGGUGAAAGCUGCACAGGCGGGGGAUCGUGUGGAUGGGAGACUGGUUUCGUUCUUGCUUCAUGACCCAAUAAAUGAUGGCGGGCAGUGGGACAUGGUAGUCAAUCUAAUAAACAAGCAUGGGCUGAUGCCAAAGAAAUGCUUCCCAGAGUCAUUCAGCUGUGAAUCAAGUUUGCGGAUGAAUGCCAUUCUGAAGAGUAAGCUUCGUGAAUACACCAAGGAGCUACGCAGUCUGGUUGCAGAAGGAGCUAGUGAGGAAGAAAUUAGUUCACACAUUCAGCAGCAGAUGUCAAAUAUAUACCGCAUCAUUGGAAUCUGUCUUGGGAUUCCUCCAGACACAUUUACGUGGGAGUAUUAUAAUAAGGCAAAAGAAUUCAAAUCCACUGGACAGAUAACACCUCUCGAUUUCUACGUCAAGCACGUGAAGCCAUACUUCAAUGUGGAUGAUAAGGUUUGCCUCGUGACAGAUCCUCGCCCUACAAACCCUUAUGGCAAGGCUUACACAGUCGAGUAUCUUGGCAAUGUGGUUGAUGGGCGGCCUGUAAUCUACAACAACCAGCCUGUAGAACUGCUUAUGAAGCUUGCUGCUGAGUCCAUCAAGUCUCGUGAGCCAGUCUGGUUUGGAUGUGAGGUGGCCAAGCGCUUUGCAGGCAAGCAGGGCAUCGAGGACCUAAAAGUGCAUGACUACAAUCUCGUGUUUGGCGUUGAUGUGACCCUGGGCCUCACCAAGGCAGAGAGGCUUUUGUAUGGUGAAUCCAUGAUGUCUCAUGCUAUGGCUUUCACUGCUGUCAGUUUGAAUUCAGCGGGAAAUCCAACCAAGUUCCGUGUGGAGAAUUCAUGGGGUGAUGAACGUGGUGAGAAAGGCUACCUGGUAAUGAGCAGUGAUUGGUUCAUGGAAUUUGUGUUUGAGGUUGUGGUAGACAAGAAAUUUGUAUCACCAGAUGUAAUGGAUGUUUUUACAAUGAAACCUAUUGUCCUCCCAGCAUGGGACCCAAUGGGCACUCUCGCACAGUGAUUUGUGGAUCUGGAGGCUGUAUGAGUCGGUCAUUGCAUUGGAGGAAUGAUCCCGGCACAGAGCAUUUCUGAUGUUUCAUAACUAUGGCUUCUAUAUGGUUGUACAGUCAGUCAUUUGCAACCAUCUUACCAACUUACUUUGAUUUACUUUUAUUCAGAAUUGACAAUUAUUGCAAGUCCAGUAUCUGGCCAGAUUGGGUUGGUUGAGAGGUGACCUUCUUGCCAAGUUCAAUUAGGUACAAAAUGGAAUGAUGGAGCGGCUGUGGCAAAUAGCUGAAGUUUGCCACACUGCAUUCGGCAGGUGCAUGUGAUAUGCACAGGACAUGCUUAGGGUAAUUAUUUGCAAAUGAUGGAUUACAGAGAGGUUCAACCAGCAGCUAAUGGCAUUUUGUUUGAAUGAUCAUUUAGCUGAUUGGCAGUUUGCGUGCACUGACUCAUAUGUUGGCAUAAGGCGAGUCUGCUGCGACACAGCUGCCAUUGUAAUAAAUAUACAGCUCAUUUCCAUCAAUUACUGCACAUUCUUGUGAUCACCCAGGUGUGAGCACUUGGGUAUUUUGUGUUGAACCAAGAUGAGAUACAAUAUUGAAACUCCUGUUUCUUGUUGAGAAUUAUGUUAGAAGAAAUCUUAGACAAAUAUGUUUACAAUAUUGAAACUCCUGUUUCUUGUUGAGAAUUAUGUUAGAAGAAAUCUUAGACAAAUAUGUUUGUAAAUCAAAACUAAGACUCGAAUGUAGCUCCCCCAAAAAGUAGUUUUGUCAAUUGUUCCAGGAAACCAGUAUCUCUAAGGAUCUGUUUUUUAAGCCACAAAAAUCCUGGUGUACCAUCUUGUGUGAUUUUAACCUUUGGGAAAAUCUGAAAGAAUGUUCACAGAAGUAACUCACACACAUUGGAGGGCUUACAGAUUGAAAUCCAGAUGUUAUCCUAGAAAUCACAAACAGUGAACUUCAGUAUGUGUCACAGAAUUUUUGUAAAUGUGACAGCCGUUGUAGUAUGAGGUAAGAAAAGCAGUUUUACUGAUGGCAUUUUUUGACCAUGGAUGUAAUAUUUGAUUACAUCAUGCAGUAGGAGUCAGUUUUCUUACCAGAGAGAAGCUCAGUACCAGCAGGUAUCAUGCUGAACAAAUGAAUGGUUAAACAAAAUACUAUAAUUGAGCAUCAUGUUGUAUUUUUAGUUAAUAUGCCUAUGCAUAGCAUCCAUACAACCACUGUGCAUUGUGGUCAGUUACAUAAAUUUAUGUUAACAUCUUUUGACCAUGUCAGUCAUCUUUAGGUAAUGUUACAUUUAUUUCAGCCAGAUUUCAAGA